AUGCCGCGCAUUAUUCGGCGCAAACAGAAAGCCGUCCAUGCAAAAAAUGCAGAUGGUACUGAGAGAACCGGAGCAGGAGAAGCAACCACGGAAGGCGCGCGAACGCAACCCGGAAAGCCUCCUAAGAAGCCUCCGUUGACGCACUUCUUAUGCACUCCGCUCGUGAACGACUCUUCGCACGCGCAGUUGGAAGCCUCCCUCCAACGCUUCAGGAACGAUGUCCAAGGCCAACGCACCGGCACGUCUGCCUUGACAUUUAGCGGCUACGAGAUCCCGGGCGGAUCCGAAGUUGGUGCUGCGUCAAGCCGAAACGCCCAAAUAACCGCUUCAACGCCUACUACAGGCGCUGCGGCAGGCAUACCACAUUUGUCCAUAGCUCCAAAAGCUAUCCGUCCGCUAGGGACGAUCCACCUCACCAUCGGCGUCAUGUCCCUUCAGUCACCUGAGAGAGUCCAAGAAGCAGUUUCUCUUCUCCGUUCCCUCGAUCUCAGCAGCAUGCUCCGUCCCGCCGCCUCGACCUCUGCCGCCACGGGAGAUGCUACUCCUAGCCCCUCGGCUUCUGCAUCUCCGCCAAAUCUCAUUCCAGACUUCCAGACCGCCACCUCCAGUGACACCAGCCGCACAGGACACUCCGAAGCGCUUGUGGGCAACGCGUCCCGCAAGCACCAGGGUGGUCUACACGACAUACCUUCCGCCGAAAAGGUCGCGGGCACCGAGACCUGCGGCGCUGAUGUCACACCCACAACCGGCUCCUCCGAGACCGCUACGACCACGCGGCCGGAUGUAACCCUUACCCUUCCAACACCCACCGUAUCGGAUGCAAGAAUUCUAAAAGUGUCACUGAGGAGCCUGCAACCAAUGCAAAAAGCCCAAAAAACAAGCAUUCUAUACGCCGCCCCUGACGACCCAAGCGGGUAUUUGCUAAAGCUAGGAACCGAAUUGAGAAGAGCUUUCACAGAUGCUGGGGUGAUGGUCAAAGACGACCGGCCUUUGAAGCUACAUGCCACGAUUGUGAACACUAUCUACGCCAAGUCUGGUGGGCGGAGAGGGAGGCGGCCGGGGAAAGGUGUGCGGGCACCUCAGGGAGCUGAGAAUUCGGAAGGCGAGAACCCGGAAGACGAGUCACAGCAAGCAGAUGUGGACACGACAGCGGCAGAUCCAGAAAUCCCUAGUGACCUUGUAGAGGUUCCCGGGACAGCGCCUUCGGAGCCAAGCCAUGAUCCAGUCCAGGAAGAGGGGCACGCUACCCGCAGCCAGAACGAAGGGACAAAAGCUCUACCAGAUACUUCCUCAGGUCACGGGCCGGAUGCGAGGGCGCCUCUCAGAUUCGAUGCCACAGCGCUGAUUGAGCGGUACAAGGAUUUUGUGUGGGCGGAGGAAAUCACGAUAGAUAAGGUGGCGAUAUGUAAGAUGGGCGCUAAGAAAACACUCAAUGAGAGAGGUGAGGUGGUAAACGAGGAGUAUGAGGAGGUUGCAAGCGUGGCUUUGUAG